AUGAACACUCUUACUAACCAGACUAGCGAAGUUACAAGAUAUGUAUUUGAUGGUCAACCUCCAGAGCUGAAGAAAGAAGAACUUGCCAAAAAGCUAGUCUUUACAGUUUUAUAUUCAAAGAGGGAAGAUGCAAAUAACGAUCUAAACACAACAAUUGAGUUGCUUACAUUUGCUGUUUGCAAACUGGUGAUCUGGAGGGAAUUGAAAGUACAGAAAAAGGACUGUCAAGCUCUUUACAAAAGUGACAAGGUGUUUGCGGUUGCCUUAGAAGACAUGGAUACUUUAACUUUUGGGGCACUGAGGUUUCUUCAUCAUUUAAUGGAUCCUAAUUCCAAAAAAAUCUCUGUGAUGGAAUUUGAAGUUUCAAGGGUUCUUGAAGAGUUAAGACUCACUAUGGAUCAGUUCAUUGAUUUGUGUAUUCUCUCUGAUGUGAUUAUUGUGAUAGCAUUAAAGUAUGAUAAUGCUUGUGUAGUUGAAUAUGGUGCCAGUGCUGCAACUGUUACAUGUCUAUGUUACUUAGACUUGAUAUAG